AUGCAACAAACGAAUAUAAAACAUGUUUAUAUAACAUCUGUCAUUGUUUGUAUUCUACUGUGGCUGAUUAUCUACAAGAUACCCGAUUAUUAUCCAAAAUCACCUUACUAUGAAUCAGACAGCCAAGAAGAUCAGCAAUGUACACCAACUACCUUUCAUAUUGGAGAAUGGGUCUAUGAUCCUUCAUCAAAUAUGCUUCCAAAAUAUCAUUGUAUAAAGAAAAAGUUUGCUCAUAGAUGUUACCAAAGACUAUCUGAACCAGAAGAAAUAGAUCGAUCAAGACAAAUAAUGAAUUAUAGAUGGAAACCAUCUCAGUGUCAGCUACAGCCAUUUGAUAACGAUUUAGUAGCAGAUCACUUGUUACAGAACCCAGUUUUAUUCGUCGGUGACUCCAUCACACAGCUUCAAUUUGAAAGUUUGAGCUGUCUAUUAGGACACCGAUUUGGUAAAAGAGAAGUCACUGUCAAUGGUGGAAAUCCAAGGAUUCGGGUGAAUGAGAUUGGUGAUGCAAACAAGACAGCUGUGGCAUAUAUCCGUUCGGACUAUUUGCUAAGAGUGAAUGAUUUUAAGGUGAUGGAACCCUUUGACUCUGCAGGUGCUCAAUUAGGCUCGGGAGAAAAUUACCCUUGGGUUCAUGCUAUACCAAACUUCAAAUACAUUGUUAUCAAUACUGGCCCUCAUUGGCAUCCUCACGAAAUUUGGGGCCCUAGUCGAUCAGAAGAUGAGUUAUUAUCUGCCUUUGAGAAAGCAAUGACACAAUUGUACAAUUAUUUAAAAGAUAACGUGCGACAAGAUCAAACUGUAUGGAUUAGAACCACACCACAUGGACACGCCAAUUGUUCUCAGUAUACAUUACCUCAAUCUACACCCAUUGCUCCUUCAGGGAAGCCUGGUGAAUACGAGUGGCAUUUGUUUAAAGAAUUUGAUUCGAUAUGGAAAAAUAUCAUUCAGAGAGAUAAUGAUGCACGUUUCCAGAUAUUUGAUGUUGCUCUAAUGACAAACAAGCGAGGUGAUGCCCAUUCAAGGCCAGAUAAAGACUGUUUACAUACAUGCAUACCCGGCCCAGUAGAUUAUUGGAAUAUGGGUCUUUUCUCCUUCAUUUAG